AUGGCAAUUCCAGGAUUUGGUACCACUUUUGGUUCACCAGCCACCACGACCCAAUCUACAGCUUUUGGAUUCGGCCAGACCCAACCUGCUCCCGCUUUUGGCUCUACUUUUGGCGCACCGACCACCAGCGCUCCGCCAGCCUUCGGUAGUACUUUCGGUGCCCCCGCCGCUAGCGCUACCCCUGCUUUCGGCAGUACUUUCGGAGCACCGGCUACGAACGCGCCAUCUUUCGGGUUUGGUAGCGCACCAACGCAAAGUACAGGUUUAUUUGGGACUGCAACCACAAAACCUAGUAUUUUUGGAGCUCCAGCCACUUCCACUACAGGGUUAUUUGGUAGCGCUCCUACAACGACUCCUAGCUUGUUUGGUGGGGUACAAACAUCACAGAGUACCCCCAGUUUAUUUGGUGCAGGAGCUGCGCAACCUUCAUUAUUCGGCCAACAACCCACUACAACCACUCCAAGUCUUUUCGGUACUUCUUUUGGCCAGCAAACCACCACAGCCGCUCCUUUUGGUAGUACAGGCUUAUUCGGUACAGCCCAAAGUACCGCACCGUCACUUUUUGGUGCUUCGACGUUUGGAACUACCACUACAAGCACCGCGGGAUUUGGUGGUUUCGGUACUGGAACUACCGGCAGUUUCGGAGGAUUUGGAAUAAGCAGUACUGGAACGGGAUUGUUUGGAGCCAAACCACCACAAGCAGGAGUUCCGCAGCCCACUCCACAAACACCCCAAAGCAAAAACCAACAAGUUGUAGCUUCUGUAUACGCUAUCAACGUUUUUAACGACGAACGGGACGACAUUUUGAAAAAAUGGAACAUGCUUCAAGCCUGUUGGGGUACAGGCAAGGGCUACUAUAGUUCCACUCAGCCUCCUGUAGACUACACGCCUCAAAAUCCUUUUUACCGGUUUAAAGCUAUGGGGUACAACGUCAUACCGGAGCAGGAUAAUUCUGAAGGAAUUGUGAAGUUGGUCUUCAGUAAGAAAGUGGAUGAAUUAAAGUAAGUUUAUGAGAACCAGAA